CAGUCUAAAAAUCGUAAUUUAAAAAAAUACUCUUUCCUGUCAGAAAAAAAAUUAGCUUUGAGAUGUCCGGAAAAUCACUUCAUUUGUUCCGUAAAAUCAAUAGCGUGCGUUGGUACCGUGGAAUGUCUCACGUCCAAAUGAAAGCUUGUGAUGACUUGCUUCACGCUCUGCGAGAUGACAUGGAACAGGGAUCAUUGUACCGUGUGCGUCGCUGUAUCUCCCAGCUGGGACUUCAUCCAAUGGUGGGAUCUGCACAGAUUAAAAUCAUCAUGGCAUUGAGUCAAGGUAAUGACCUUGCCUUCUUGUGGUUCCUGUGGGAGUUCAUAUACAAGAGCCCGCAAAAGCAUCGAAAGGAAAAUGAAGACUCUGAUCAGGAUCCUAUAACCUACACACUCAAUGAACAGUUGCUUUUGUCAGGUAUUGCCCACCUGGACAUUCCGGCUACCCUAAGGGCUUUGGAUGCUCUAUUACCACCUGCUACUCAAUCAACGAAGACAACUAUUAAACGGACUCAAAAGAGUUCUUCCAUUAGGGUCCAAAGUUCAGGUCCAAAGGAUCGUUUACAGCCAUACCUUUCUCCUUUGGUACGUCCUUGUGCCUUUACCCCGAAGAUCAAGCCCCGACUGCCUGAAAGCAAACUCCAUUUCCCUGAGUACUCGUAUUACAGUGAUCGCAUGCAGCAAAUCCCAAAUGAAAGGUCACGUUGGUUUGCUCAACACCAACUUAAUCCCGUGAAGAGGGUAGUACAUGAGUUGCUUAAAGAGGAGCUAAAUAAACUUAAAUUGGUACAGAGGGAUAAUAGUUAUAAGGAUAACAAUCCUAUGUGUGAGACCCACCGCUUCUUAAAGGGCGAAAUGCAAACUCAACAACAGGAGAAGAUCAGUUCCAUUUUUCAGCGCUGUCUGUCUCAGUUAAAUGAUUCAAAGGUCAAACUUAAGGCUCGUCGGACACUCUUAGAAGAUAUGGAAAAGAAUAUCCAAUGCGCAGCCGACAAGAUCGGCAUUCAAUCGCGAAGACCUUUUAGCCAAAUUAAAGGCACUCGCAUUGAAGGCGGAACUUGUCGAUCAUGCAAUAAUAUGGGUUAUUCACCUCGAAAGGACAUAAAAAAGAAGUCAGAACUGCGCAUUUUGUUGGGUGACGAAGAAAGUCCCACUGUAAAUUUAUUAGAUCCUGCAAAGGAUAACGUGCUCAAGGUAAUGCUUAUGCAAAAAAACGAGCCCCAUCUCUGUGGGGCAGGGGACUGUAGAAUACUGGGUGUGGACUGCGCCUUAAAAGAGUCUAAGGUCAUAUUAGAGAACCCCAAGGUCGUAGCAAGUGAAAAGGACAUCAUCGGGGAUUCACCUCAUUUGCCAACUAACAACUUUAAGAACCUCGCUGAUCUUAUUCCUGCAUGCAGUCGGACUUUACGUUCCUUGAGGAGAUCUACAACCCUGCAUCCUGAAUCGGAGACUUUCACAAAAAGGAUUUGCGAUGGCUUGCAGUUGGACUACCAUAAGAUUUUUGAUCUUCCAAAGCCCACUGAAGAGCAGUUGCCGUGGGAGGAUGACAGCUUAGAUCUAGAGGAUAAGCGACCUAUGAUUAAAAAGCUAUGUAUUGAUGCCCUGAAGAAUGGGGAUACAAAAUCAGUGAAAGAGGUGAAGGAAGACAAAUCACUGCCGUCGGUUUUAAGGGCAGCUGCCAAUUGCGCUGUUAACAUGUUCCGGAAAAAUGUUUUAGAAGUGCGGGAAGAUAAAGUUGAUAAUAGCCAGCAGAUUCUUAUCGAUCCGGACAACGAAGAGCAGAUUGAAAAUCUUUUGAAAGAAGCUUUGGCAGUUCUUCGUUGUAAUCCGCAUUUUGUACUGGCCACCUUCACCAAUGCCCAUAAGAUGCCCGUUCUACUUGAUUGGGUGGCAGAUCGCUAUGGCAAGACCUUCAGUAGGGAUGACAUGCAGGAUCUUGUGAAGUCCUCGUACAACGUCUACAAGUCGGUUUAUCAUUCUAAAAGAGAGCAACAUCGUAAGAUGUUGAGGAUAAAGAAAAAUGUUAUGAGUUUCGGGGAUUUAAUCAACUAUGCCAGCUAUAAGGAGUUCAUGUGUCUGGUUAGACAGAAGAAAGCAGAAUACCACACAAAGCUGGACGAUCUAGCAAUGGAGCAGUCGCGUCUUACUUGGCUGGCCUUGCGGGGAUACUCCCACAUGGGUAGCGAAAUGAAAGACUGUUUCUUUGCAUAUAUGCCCGCCAGGCAGCAAGAUAUUAAGCGCCUGCGUGUUUGGAGAUCCAAUGAGUACCGAGACUUGGUUAAACUCCGGCUAAGAACUAGGCUAUCGAAAUGAUGAUUCCAAAUGGCGGAGCGUAAAACAUGUAGGUACAUGAAUUUCGUUCUGGCAUUUGGAAUCCACAUCGAUGUGGGUCAUCCUCGGGCAGUUCGAUUUAGUUUUAUCUGCUGAUCUGCUUAGUGGCUGGUCCCCGUGGAAAACAUUCAAUGAAAUUUGUCAUUCGCCAUUGUGGCCGACUACUUAUGUAAACCAAACUAUGUAUAAUCCCAAUUAAAAAUGCU